AGUGGCUGUGGGACCACGAGCCGCAGUUGGAGGAGUUCCGCAGUAAACUGACGUCAAUUUGAUUUGCAGGCCAAUACAGCUGACAGUUCCCGUCGACCUUUGCAGGUCGCGCAAAUUUUUUUUUUUGCGGUGUUGAUCUUAUCAUAUUUAUGUUCUCAUAUGACUUGAAACUUAUUCUUUCGUUCUGAUAGCGUAAGUUAGAGGAAAAUGGGUAAAAAAGUAAUGUGUGGUUGUUGGCCAAACUUGAGGUUCACAUGGCAUGACCUGAUAGCACUAUGUCUGGCCAUUCUUAUUCCAGUGCUUGUUAUUAUCCUCACAAUGGUCGCAAUCUUGCCAUCACUAGGAGCUCCCCCAUUACCUGACUUUUCAGACCCAGUUAAGGGCUUUGAACCGAGAGGGACAAAACUGAGUGAUCAAAUAGUGACCUUGCAAAACUUUUAUUGGAAUGCACGGGGUCAUACUCUUUUUGAGCAGCCACCUCAAGGUCCACAACAGGAACAAGGAAAUGUCAAGCGGAAACGUCGAUCAGUUCAAGGUUCUCUUGAACCUCCACUUCCUCCUGAUCCAGUCUACAGGCGCAUGAUAUUUGUUUUUGAGUCUUCUAAUACCAAGGAAACCAUGUUUGAUGCAAAAAAACUUAAAACUGCUUGUUCCAUGGAGACUGACAUUCUGAAAAACUCAUAUUUUUCUGAAUACUGCAGUGGAAUUUCAGAUGGAACUGGUAAACUACAGUGUUACUCGAGCUCCUCUCUUGGAAACUAUGUUGCACUGCUCAACAACCGUAAAUCAUGUCUACAUAUAACAGAUGAUGAUGUGUUAUCAGUGAAGAAUUUGUUGGGCAACUGUUCAUCUUACUUUUCGAAGCAAACUUUGAAAGAGGACUGUGAUCCCUCAACCUCAUCAGGUAACCAGAAUGUUAAUGCUUCAGCCAGCUUCAAUAACUGUCCAAGUGUACCAACAAAGUGCACCAAACACAACGCUGUGUAUAACAUUUUACAGUAUCUUACAGACAAUGAGAUGAGCCCAUCCAAUGGUAUGUUUUUAAAAUAUGCAGUAUCCCUUCCAUCAGGUACUUUUAGUGAAGACUUUGUUUUUGAUGAUUUAUAUUCAAACUUAAAAGACGGUAUUCCUGGAAGAGAAGGGGUAGAAUUUGCAUCCUUCAAGUUUUCUGGCUACAAGUUUGACCUAUUCAACAAAAAGCUUCUUUCUGAAGUUAUCUUUCCUGCUCUGGCUAUGAUUAUUGUUUUCUUAAUCAUGUGGUUUUUCAUGGGUUCAUUCAUUCUUACACUCUGUGGUCUAAUGUGUGUUAUCUAUGCCACUGCUCUUUCAUACUUUCUCUACACCAGAGUUUUUAGACUUGACUUUUUUCCUUUUCUGAAUAUUACCACAUUGGUGUUUUUGGUGGGUAUAGGGGCAGAUGAUGCCUUUGUAUAUUAUGACAUAUGGAGACAGACAAGGACUGCUAAUCCAAAUGCAAACAUCAUGCAGUUAACAUUGAAGACCUUACGUUAUGCUGCAGUCUCCAUGUUUGUGACAAGUUUGACGACAGCAUCAGCAUUCUAUGCAGGAGUUUCUUCUACUAUAACUCCCAUCAAGCUGUUUGGAAUAUUUGCUGGCACAUCCAUCUUAACUAAUUACCUGCUGAUGAUAACGUAUUUCCCAGCUGUUGUAGCUUUGCAUGAGAAAUGGGUCUUGAAGUACACAGGCGGCCAAAGUGUAGAUGCUAUGGCAUUAACAGAGUUGAAAACUGAUUAUGAAGUGAUCCAACCUGCACAAGACGUUGCUGGUUGUGAAAGCAUGGAUGCUGUGCCAACAACAGAAUUGAGAGCUAAUCAUGACAAGAUCCAACCUGUGCAGGCAGCACCAACAGUGCAAGACAUGUCAGAAAGUAGGAAAGCAGAUUUACCAGUAAACAGCUGCACAAAUCAAAAGGAAACACACCUUUGUAUUCUCCAGGUUAUUGACUUUCCUUGCUCUCUUUUAGAAUCAGCAACAAAUCUUACCAGCAGAGUUGGCACAAAAUUGUUUCAGGAUUGGAUACCAAAGGCAGUCAUCAAGUUACACUGGUUGUGGAUAGCAUUGUUAGUCUGUCUUACUGCUGGAUUUUUAUGUGUCAAUUUUGUAAAACCAGGUCUGCAGUUACCAAGCAGCAAAGAUUUUCAAGUAUUUGGUUCAUCUCAUCCACUGGAAAACUACUACUUAAACUACAAGAGCUAUUUUAGAUUUGAACAGCAAGUUAGUGGCUUAUGGGUGGAGCUGUUUUGGGGAAUCAAACCUGCAGAUAAUGGCAAUCAUCUUAAUCCAGAUGACAAAGGAACUCUUGAAUUUGAUGAUAACUUUGGUGAUCUCUUUACUCCUGCUGGCCAAAAGUUUCUUCGUUCUUUGUGUCAAUCUGUUGAAAAGGAAUCAUUUUUUGAAACAUUCAGUGGUGGUCAGUGUCCCAUCGAAACAUUCAUUGAUGAGUGUACCUCAGGACAGACCCCUUGUUGUGGAAUCAAUGCUUCCUUUCCUUUUCCAGCUGAUGUCACUGAAAAGUGUGCUAAACUCGCCUCAAGUUUAUUGGGAAGAACAGGUCUUUUGUUUGAUGCUAUGGGGAAUGUGAAAGGUUAUCAUUUGCUAAUAAACACCAACCAAGCAUUCUCAACUAACUUUACCUCCAUGGAUGGUUUCUGGAAGAAAGUGACUUCUUGGGUUGAUAGUAAAAUGCCUGAAGCUCCACUGGGACUGCAAAAUGGCUGGGCAGGAUGCUGGGGACUGGACUUCUAUGCCCUUCAAAUUGGCCUGUCUGAUGGAACAUACUCGUCCCUAGGAAUAUCUGUUGCUGUGUCAUUUACAGUUAUGUUACUAACAACUCUCAACAUCUUCAUAAGUAUCUAUGCCAUUGUCACCAUCAUUGGAAUUAUUGCAAUAACCAUUGGAUCUCUGGUGCUAGCUGGCUGGCAGUUGAAUAUUUUAGAGUCCAUUGUGAUGUCAGUUGCUGUAGGAUUGUCUAUUGACUUCACCAUGCAUUAUGGUGUGGCUUACAGACUGGCUCCAAACAAAAGCCAGAGAGACGGCAGAGUGCGUUACUCGCUGGUGCACAUUGGAUCUGCUAUCACUAUGGCAGCUCUGACCACAUUUCUUACAGGUUUAAUGAUGAUGCCAGCCACAGUAUUGGCGUACUUUCAGCUUGGUCAGUUCCUUAUGUUGGUCAUGUUCUUUAGCUGGCUGUAUUCCACCUUUGGAUUCUUGUCAAUCUGCACUGUGAUUGGUCCAAAAGAUAAUUUUGGACAGCUAAGUAUCACUCAUCUGUUCCAGAGGUGUGGUCUGUGUAAAGUGAGUCCAGAGAACUCCAAGAAACCAGCACUGAACAAUGAGAAUGUCAACUUGGCAACGGAAGAAAAUGCUGUCAAUAAUUUGCCUCCAGGACAAAAACCUGACAUUACUACCCACUUCUGAAGAUCAUAAGUAUAUUAAAUCUGGUAUGUUUUUAUAGGUGAUUUGAGCUGUCUCUGAGAAGUUUGGGACACCAUACAAGUAGGAAGAAACGUUUUUAAACCUUGUUUACACAUGAGUUGUGGACUAACAAUGACAAAUACAAACAACUUGCAAGAAUACAUAUCAGUUCAUUGUUAUAAGAUGUGUGUAGUAUUGAGGCUUAUUAUAUCUAGGAAAUGUCUGUGAGCAGAACUGUGGAUGGGAUAGGACAUUUCUGUAGUAAUCAAAAUGUUGGCAGCAUUUGGAAUAUUUAGGGAUAAUUAACUAUAUUUUUCUUUGAAAUCAAGGUGAAUAGUGCAUAAUAUUUGCUGAGCUGCAAAGUGGCUCAGUAAAUAUUCUGCUGCUAUUCAAUGAGAUUGAAAAGAAUAAUUGUUUUAGUACAUACACACGAGGUGAUCUCAGAAACAAACGAAAAUGAAACCAUUAAAAGUUGAUUUAAUUGACCUCUCAAUUCAUGCAUGGAAAACAUGCAAGUGGCAUGAAGCAUGCGCAUAUUAAACUAUUUACAGAAUCUUCAAACAGGGAAAAUCUAGUUAACCUUUGACCAAAAAACCCUCUUCACAAUCCAGCAAAAUGGUCUUUUAACACCUUUCAAUUCAGCAAUCUAAAUUGAAAGUCUGCUUAUAAAACAAUUUUACCAUUCAAAGUUUCCAUUUUCACUUGAGAUGAAAAUUGAAAGAGCAGCUGGUGAAGGAUCAACCUGAAAUAAUUAUUAUUAUAUAGUUUGCAGGGGACUGUGAUGAAAACUGGAUGUUUUAUUGCACAAAGAUGUCCUCCUGAAAACUUUUGAAGGUGCUUCUUUGAAUAGCACUUGAUGCUUCUGCCGAUAAACCCUGCAGUAUUCAUUUCUGCUAAUGCCGGGUGAAGAGCAAAAAACAAAAAUUAUAUCACGAAAUCUGUAAUAUUUGCCACUGACAUGUCCUGAAACUGCUCAAAAGUCGAAUGUUGGUGGGUUUUUUCUAUCCUUUAAAAACUUUCAAGUCAAAUUCCAUAGCCUUCUUUUUAUUUUCUGUUACAGCUUUUUCUUGUAUUCAUAAGAUUUCUGAUUCAGAAACACUGUUGCAAUGAAACUUGAGCCAGCCAUUCUGUUUUUUUGUUUUUGUUUGAAUGGAUUAUUAACUCAAUAGGAUGUGAAUAAUAAUUGUUUAUUAGCCAGAGAUAGUGAACCAAUCAGAUUGCUUGAAACAUCAGAUCUCUGAGUGUGUAGAUACUAAUUAAAAUUAACCAAAAUUUGGUCAUUAAAAUAAUUAAACAUGAAUUCAAUAUAAGGAAUAUUUCUAAAUCUUCUUAAUAGGAAACUUCAGAGAAAUCUGAAAAUGUUGCAUUUUACAGCUGCCUUCUGGCAUCUGACACUAAUGUCUAAAACUGUUUACAAUAGUCCAGCCAUUCAGAUGACAGCAGUUGCAUAUUUACUGUGAAACUAAGAAAACUGUGAACACCAGACAUUUUUAUAUUUUUGGAAUCUUACUGUGUAGCAAGGGAAAAGCCAAUAAGCCACUUCUAGUCGUGCACCGAGACUCAUUUUAAAACAGAGGUGAAAGCAACCCGGAAAUGGCCUUUGGGCGUGCGUAAACUAAAUGAACAAAUUCCCUUUGACUUAUAGCUUUCAAAAGGGACGCAAAAGAUGAUUUGGAUGCUUGAAUUUAGAGGUCAUAAAUAUUUGACAAUUCAUCUUACCGGUAUUUCAAAAAGGUUGGUUUAUUGUGAUAGCCAGCUCUAUAAGCUUUAGUUUGAUAUAGGGGUUUAGGUGUCUACAGUUUAAACGAGACGCGUUACAUCGCUUGGAGGCAAGACACCUCUGAAGGUGCUCUAAAGGUGUACAGUAACCUUAAGAAUGAAAACUUUGUGCACUUGUAGUUUCCAUGGCAACCAAUAACUAACAUGAAACUACACAACUAGGUGCAGAGUAUUAUUCUGCAUGUUAUUUGUUCUUUGUUGCCAAAUGCUAGUGCCUUAUUUUAUUAUAUGAUGAGCACACAUACAGGGUUCCCUGUAAGAACUGGUGACCUGCAAAAAUCGCUGUUUAGAAGUCCUUAGUGUGAUGGCUUUCUAGAAACUAAAUGUACAUAAGAAACAAUCUUAAAGUGUUAUUGCUUUUUUGAGGGAAUUUUUAAGGGAAUUUUAUUGAUGUACAGCAUGGAAAUGAUGGACAGCACUUUUAAAUUAGUUCGGAAUUAGUGUGAACGCUGUGUGUUUGAAACAUGCUAGGGGUACUGCCGUGAGCAUAAGUUAUGCUUGGACAAAUUUGUGAUGUCAAAUUGAAAAAGUCUGGCAGACUUAUUCCAGUUCUGUUGUCAGUUGUGUUUAAUAACAUUACUAAAAUUUAAUCAUAACUUGCUCUUCAACAAAUCUCCUGUUUAAUAUCUUUAUCUUGGUGUUCCAGGAACAUAUUGUGUGGGAGCAAAAGUGCUCGAUCAUAAUUUAGGCUGUCUUUAACCAAAGAUUACCUCACAAAUUAAUAAAUGCCAUGGUAGUGUACCCUUGAGUAUUUAUUUGUUAUUUUAAAAACUCGAAACUAGAGUAUAACUCUUGAAUUUUGUAUCCCAAGACUUUUGUUUGUGGAGUAAUUUUACUUAUUUAUUACCUUUUUAAGUUAAACAUUACAAAGAAUUUAUACUUUUAUGUGAAGCAAAUAUUCAAGAUGCUUCCCUCUGCAUUUAGAGCUGUGCUUGAACGUUUUAUAGACUUGCAAAAUAUUGUCGGACUUGUAAAAAUAAAUCUGCACGUAUUGGAUAUAAAAUUGUUGAUAAGAACGUGUAAAUACUGUACAUUGUGCAUGUAUACAUUGUAGGGGGAUACUCAAUAGAUAAUCUAUGUGGAUUGGAUUUACAUAAGUCAUAGUAUUCUCCCAUUUUGAUUGGUUCUUAAGAUCUAUUGGAGGACAGAUGUGUUGUGACAUUGUGAACACUUUUGCUUUAAACAAAUAGAUUCCAUCUGUUCAGUGGCAGAUCAGAGACAUCAGAUUGUGGUAAGAACAUCAGUGAAUGACUUGGCUAUCACCUUGUGUGCCACUUUUUUGUUGUUACUGUAUUUUGACAACAUCUGUGAUGUGGAAACAUGGAAUCAUUUUAAAUGUUUUGUCAAGCUGAGUUUUCAAGCAGUCUAGUCUGGGAUAAUGUUCAUUUAUAAAUCGUUUUUUGGUCUACAAUAAGGUAUUGCCAUUUGCACUAAGAAUUAAUUGACUCUUGGAGUUCACUAAACCUUACAGAAAUGGAAAUACAAACAAGUAGAGCGACUGACUGCAAUACUGAUAGUUAAAGUGAUAUUUGGUACUGUUCCAGGACAAGGUUGCAAAUGCAGCUGAACAUUGUUUGCUAUGGGUUUUACAAGAGCAUUCAGAGUUCCAUCAGCACACACACCUGACCCUCCAAAAUAACAGAGUAUCCCCCAGGUAUACAUGUCUGGAUUUAUGAAAACAGUGCUAAAGAAAGUCUCACCUGAGUGUAGACAAGAUAAAAAUUCAUGGAAAUGUCAGUCUCUUUUCCCCCCAUUCUCUUACAUUUGGGUACUCUUCUACUUUAUUUUCAUCAAUAAAUUAUUAGAGUUAUUUUCAGGCCUCUAGGAGUCAUAAUCAAAGUGUUAUCACUCCCCUUGGUGCAAAGUAACACACUUUUCAUUGAUCCAGUCAUGUAUAUUAGUAAGCCAAUGUUACUGUGUAAAUUUUUGACUUAUAUGUAACAUGUAAGUUGUAACACACAGUACAAUAAAGUUGUUGACAGUGUGAGUG